GCAGGAGUUGGGGAAACCUGAGCCGUAAACCCUCUCUCCUCCUCCGGUCUCCUUCCUCCCCUUCACCUCCGCGGCGCGCCGUCGGUCGCCGCUCGCCGCCGCCUUCUGGUUCUUCUCCGGUCUAUUUCCCCGCGGGAUUCGUCGCGGACACUCCGGUUGGUUGGUGUAUCUAAGUCGGUUCGAGUUGCCAAAAUCUGAUUGUUCUCCGGAGGUGAAGGUUUACUAGGCAAUCAUGGAUGUCGAUAAGCAGGAAACGAUGGAAGAGACCAUUCUUGUUGGUGAUGAUCUCAUGCGUGGGUUGCCAUCCCCUGUCAUACCAAAGGAAAUUGCUUCACAUGUCCUUGACGGUGUUGAGAUUUGUGAUGGCAUACUCAAAAAUCUUUUCUUAUGUCUGCAAAUCAAUGAUAUUGAGCCGUUUUGCCAAGAUGAAAUUGUACUAUACCGACAAUGUGCUGAGAAAAGGGACAAGGAAAUAAGAGAGCGGCUGCAGGAUAGUGAAUAUAAGCUGGGUUUUUCAAUGCCCCUGGAAGAAGCUAAGGAAAGAGCUACCCAACUCCAAUCAGAAAUCACACUGCUUGAAAGGCGCAUGAUUCUUGCUAGUGGACUUGAGGGCAUGGAAGGAUUUCGCCAAAGAUGGAGCUUACAUGGACAGCUUGGAGACACAAGGAAAAGGUUGGAAGCGCUGAACAGUGGAAUCGUAAAAAGAGGGAGCCAAAGUUCUCCAGUGCAAGAGACAACUCCUGCAGUCAGGAAGAGGUGGUUCCUUUGGUAGGUUAGUUUUCGUUUUCUGAUUUGCAAACCAGUGUAGCAUAUGGUAUAUUAUUGGCCAUGGGCAUGCACUCGUUCCUUUCCACAGUAUGCUGUCUCCAAACCAACAAUCGCACCUGCUAACCAGUACAAUUUGCAUUUAUA